AUGCGGAGAUUUAUGUUCUUUUCCGAACAGCCUCCUAUUUCGAGCAAGGAUCUUUUAAGUAAAUAUAGCGCAUCCCAGCAGUCUCCCUUGUUUUCUGAGGAAUACGAAAAAAUACUGAAAGAUGACCCAAUAAGCUCGCAAAUAGAAAAUCCUGUUGAGAUCUCAGCUGAAAAAAAAGCCGUUCCCAUCCGAACCACCCGUGUAAAUGGCCUGGCAGAUGACUUCUACAGCAGCUUGCUCGACUGGCAGGGAAGCAGCAUCGUGUUUGCCCUCGAUGAGAGAAUUUUUGUGCAGAACUUUUUAACUGGAAAAACGUGUUUGCUUGCCAGACUAAGCAGUGCGUACAUAACAUCUGUCAAAAUAUCUCCAACAGACAACACGGUGUGCGUGGGAACAUGCACAGGAGACAUAGCUAUUAUAGACAUGGAGGGAAAGAUAGUGGCCAAAAGACACUUGCACAAGUCCCGAAUAGGCGCGAUGGAGUGGAACGGCAAACAGGCACUCACGGGGAGCAGAGACAGAACAGUUAAGACAAUAGACAUAAGAAUCCUGGAGGAAACAAGGAGCAUAUCCGUGCACACACAGGAGGUCUGCGGCCUGGCUCUUUCUCCCUCAAAAGAGUAUUUAGCCACGGGAGGAAAUGAUAACAAAGUUUUUAUAGUUGACAACCGAUCAGGAAACCCACUGCACACUCUUUCAGCGCACAAGGCUGCUGUGAAGGCAAUGAGUUGGUGUCCGGAGAAGCUAGACAGUCUCGCAACAGGCGGAGGCACUGCAGAUAGAACAGUAAAGAUAUGGAAAACCUCUGGGUCUAAAGAGCAGAUGGUAGACUCCAUAGACUACGGCUCGCAGGUCUGCAAUCUCCGGUGGACAAAGAGAAACGAGCUCAUAACAACACACGGAUACACGCAAAAUGAUGUGCGCAUGCUGGACAUAGCAAAGAACAAACAGAAGCACGUCUUCGAAGGGCACAAGAACAGAGUGAUCCACUUUGGAAUGAGCACAGACGAAGAGUACUUUGCAACAGGCUCGGGCGAUGAAACAAUAUGUGUCUGGAGAGCACAGGAAAAUGAUUUGGCAAACUUUCUGGUUAGGUAG